AUACAUACUUAUUUAUUAUUUUCUAAUGACAAAAGAGUCAAACCAACCAAAGGCAGUGAACAUCAUUCGACCAAGUAGCAACACUAAUUAUGCUUUAUUAAAUAGUUAUAGUACUAGUAGCAAUAGUACCACAAGUAGCAAUUCACAAAAACGUAAUGGUUCUACUACUCGAAAACCAAGAGUAACUCCCUCAUCAGUAGUAAAGUCCAAUCUGGAAAAGCCAAUUUUAAAUCUAUACCACCCACCUACUCGAAAGUCGUCUUGUGAGAAACCGUCCUUUUUUGUUACCAGUAGACCUCCUAUAGAACUUUAUAAAGCAAGGCAACAGAAAUUACCAAAAACAGCACCAUCUUCCAAUGAUCAUAAAAUAUACAACAACAACAACAACAAUAAUAGUAAACCUGUCUCUUUUAUAAAAUACCCCUCACAGCAACCAACUCGAUCUGUACUUGGCGUUAUCAAUACACCAGCCACUUUUGACAAAGCAGUAAAUCAACCCGAAAUGAUAUCCAAUAAUGGCUCCUUAUCAGUAGAUACCAAGUCGGCCACUACUGCUACUGCUACUGCUACUGCUACUGCUACUGCUACUGCUACUACAAAUUAUUUAUUCACCGCCGAAAAUUUAUCAGAAGAUACUACAAGUGAUGCAGAAGAUAUAUAUAAUAAGAAUGAAGAGAUAAUAAUAAAAGAUGAAAAUAUAGAGGAUACUGAAGAAGAAGAUCUUAUUAAUGAAGCUCGAGUUAAUAGAAAAAUCGCGGAUUUAGAAUUAUCAAUAAAAUCAUUACUUACAGUAAAUGAAAUGCUAGAAGCUACAGUUAGGAAACAAGCGUCACAGUUAAAUCAAAUAAAGAAACAUCAACAAUUAGAAAAUCAUAUACAUACUGAUUCAAUAUUAGAACAACAGGCAAUAGAGCCCUUGAAGGAAAAUUCUUCUGAUGAUGAAGAAGAGGAUUGGGAAAAGGAUUUAUUAUUUCAAAAGCUAAGGAAAAUAACAGAAAAUAUGAUUGAACAAGGACAAAAAUCAAUUAACUUUGAAUAUAAAAUCCUUGGUCGAGUUCUAUCGAAUUAUACACCGCAAGAAGAAGAAGAAGAAGAUAUUGAUACCAAAAGUAAUAGCAGUCAUUCCUAGUAACAAAUCAUCAUCGAUACCUAUAAAUACACAAGAGCAUAGAUAUUUUUGUUUUUUUUUUUGUUUUUU